AUGGCGCGGAAACAACCUAGGACACUGACGUCGCCGACGAAAACUUCCAAGGAUGACUCAAGCUUUCCGGGCCUCAAGCCUCCCGGCCCAGAUGCGACGAACAAGACCGAGUAUGUGGAGCAACAGAGGGACGAGAUUAUUGCUCUGCAAGCUAUAUACGCAGACGAUUUCAUCGAACAUGGGGCCGCGCAUAGCGCCUGGAAGAAGUCCGACCCGUCUUUCGACAUUCGAAUAAAAGCUAGUGAUGAAGAUUUUGCCGUGACACUCGGCUUUACUCUUACGGCGACAUACCCAAAGACACCUCCCGUGCUUACUCUUAAAGGCCAAAGCUAUUUGCGAGAAGUGACCCAGUUCAAGAUUCAGAAAUUCCUCGAAACGCAGCCACGGGUCUUCGCUAAAGAGGCAGAAGUAAUGGUUGACAAGAUUGUCGAAGGCAUUCGUGAUAUUCUUGAAGAUGCAGCGCAAGCAAAGGCGUCUGGCAAACAGCUGCCAUCGCUGGAGGAGGAGCGUGACAGGCACGAGGCAGCCUUGGCAAAGUUAGCGCAGGAACAACAAGAGAAAGAAAAGCGCCGCAAAGAGGAAGAGAAGAAAAAGGAAGAGAAAACUGCUGCCGAAGAGCUACAACAAGAACUCCUGAGACAGAAGCAAAAGGCAAGAGAGUCAAGGUUCAGUCGUCACACAAAUGGCUUGAGCCCGCACCGACCGUCUACGUCUUCUGCCUUGAAUGUUGAAACGAUAGAUUUCGACCAAUAUUGCUCCGUGACUGAUAACAUGGGAAACACUUUGGCUUUUAGAUCUGUCGCGGGCAAAUCUGAUCCUCGCGCCGGACCAACUUCCACUGUUUUCACGGUGCGUCCAGUUCUUUCCAAUGGCCAAGGCAACCAGCCACUGGCGUUGAAAGAAGUUGUCUUGCGUCCGAAUGGUAAGGACCAGAAAGAAUUCAAGAAGCAAUUGCAGUCAUUGGAAUCUCGGCUACAGGAUCUAAAGAUCGGCAACAAGAUACACCAUCGACAUCUAGUCGACGUUUUCGACUACAAAGUUGAGAGCGGUACAGAUGCUGAUCGCGCUGCUGCUAAUACGUGGACGGUGAGGAUCCUUAGCCCAUUGGCGGAGAGAGGCUCGCUGGAAGAACUGUUGGAGCUUGCGGGGCAUCUUGAGAUAGGAAAGGUGCGAUCUUGGACGAGAGACCUCCUUGAUGCGCUGAACUUCCUUCAUAAUAAGAACAUAGCGCACCAAGAUAUCCAUCCCAGGAACAUUCUUCUUUUUAGAGAAUCUACUGGCGAAAUUGUGCCCAAAAUAUCGGAUGCGUCAUACCAAAGAGAAAUCCAUAACCUCAGCUCUAAGAAGCAAGGGCCUUUGGGGCUCGCCACAGCAAAGUCCGCCUACUGGCUACCACCAGAGAUCGCUGCUGCUACAAAGGCCCAGUAUACCUCUAAAGCUGACAUCUGGGAUUUUGGAGUUGUCUUUGUUCAAAUGGUAUUUGGCUUGGAUGUGCUUCGCAAAUACUCUUCUCCUAAGAAUCUUAUGGAGUCUAAAUUAUUUUCGCAACCUUUCCAGGAACUGGUGAGCCGUUUCUUCAAGGACGACAGGCAGAAAAGACCGAGAGCAUUUGAGCUUGGUGCUAGUGAGUUUCUCGCGACAGAUGCCCCUGUUCUGUUUGACGAUACUUCUGCCAUGCUGUCGCAUACUCCGUCUAUGAAUUCGUUACAAGCUGUCCCUGUGAGACUAAGGCGGGAUUCUAUGACCAACAGAUCAACAACAGUCUCCCGUUACACAGAAGACUUUGUGGAAGAAGGAAGACUUGGCAAGGGCGGAUUUGGCGAAGUUGUCAAAGCUAGGAAAAAGUUGGAUGGCCAGAUAUAUGCCAUUAAAAAAAUUACACAACGUUCCCAAACGAGCCUUACAGAAAUUUUGAAAGAAGUUCGCUUGCUCUCGCAACUUAGCCAUCCCGCAGUUGUCCGUUAUUACAAUACUUGGGUAGAAGAAAUCCCCGACUCGACUGAUACCGAGGGCGAAACGUCGACUGAUGACUACACCGAGGACACCAGAGAUACCGGUGCCGAAUCUGCCGGUAUCGAUAUCCAGUUCGCUACAAGCACUGGCGGCUUAGAUUUUAUAUCGUCCAACGCUGCGGUGGAAUUCGAUUACGAUUCGGAUGAGGACGAGGAAGAUGAGGAUGACCAGGAUUUAUCUGACGAUGAAGAUGAUGAUGACCAGAGCUCCAUUAUGGACUCUGUCGGUAAUCGUGAAAAGCAUCAUGAGAAAGACAGACUGGCUGCUCUGCAACGGCGCGCUCGAAUGCACCGGUCUUUUCGGACUGUACUCUAUAUCUCAAUGGAGUACUGUGAAAAGCGAACCCUAAGAGAUCUUAUUGCGCGGAAGCUAUACAAAAACAACACAGAAAUAUGGCGUCUGUUUAGGCAAAUUCUCGAAGGACUGGCGCACAUUCAUUCGCUGAGUAUUGUUCAUCGUGACCUCAAGCCUGAGAACAUCUUCAUUGCAAGCAGUACGGAUGGCGUGGACAAUAUCAAGAUUGGUGACUUUGGCUUGGCAACGAGCGGCCAAUUUUCUGUGGAUCGAACCACUGUCAACGGCUAUGAGGCAGACGAUAUGACUAGGAGUAUAGGCACAGCCUAUUACUCUGCUCCGGAAGUCAGAUCUGCAUCUAAUGGGCAAUAUAGCACCAAAGUUGAUAUGUAUUCUCUCGGAAUUAUCUUCUUUGAGAUGUGCUAUUUACCCAUGAUGGGUAUGCAAAAAGCCGAUGUCCUUGGGCAGCUUCGACGACCUACUCCGGUUCUUCCUUCAGAUUUCAGGCCUGCGGAUAAAACGCAAACCGAGAUCAUACUUUCUCUUGUCAACCACAGCCCGAAGGAACGACCAUCUAGCGCUGAUCUUCUCAAGAGCGGUAAAUUACCCGUUCAGAUGGAAAGCGAGACUAUUAGACGCACUUUGGCAGGACUGGCAGACCCCAAUUCGCCGUACUACCAGAAAAUGCUGUCUACGCUGUUUGCACGGCCUGUAGAAGCGGCUAAGAAUUUUGCGUGGGACAUGAAUGGCACCACGCCCAGUGCUGUGGAGCUUCUAAACCAGAGCAUCGUGAAGAAUGAAUUAAUAGCCAUUUUUCGUCGUCAUGGUGCCCUUGAAGCAACGAGGACUUCGAUAUAUCCCAAGACCUUGCAUUACGCUGAUAACGCCGUUCGACUUAUGGACUCUAACGGUACUGUUCUGCAACUUCCUUAUGACCUUACAAUGGGGCAUGCCCGAAUGUUGGCGAAGCACUCGCAGUCUCCUCCUCUGCAACGCACUUUUACAUUUGGCAGCGUAUUUAGGGACAAGCAAGAUACGGGACAGCCUCAGAUGUUUGGUGAAGUGGACUUUGACAUUGUCACGGUUGACACACUCGACCUCGCUUUGAAAGAGGCAGAAGUCUUGAAAGUCUUGGACGAGAUUAUCCACACAUUCCCCUCCUUGUCGUCAUCUCAGAUGUGCUUCCACAUUGGGCACUCUGAUAUUCUACAGCUAAUUUUCGAAUACUGUGGUAUUCAGCCUUCAUCUAGAAGGGCGGCUGCAGAUGUAUUAUCCAGGUUAAAUAUCCACAACCACACGUGGCAGAAGAUUAGAAUGGAGCUCCGGUCUCCUGCCGUGGGUAUUUCAGCGACGAGCAUUGAUGAACUUCAGCGUUUCGAUUUUCGAGAUACACCAAACAAAGCAUUUGCAAAGUUGAAAUCAGUCUUUGAAGGUAGCGAUAUGUAUCAGCGCGCCGCGUCAACAAUUGCGCAUCUCAAAGAAGUUGUCGAGUAUACAAAACGAUUGGGUGUCAAUACCAAGAUUUACCUCAACCCUCUGAAUAGUCUCAAAGAAGGCUUUUAUAUCGGUGGCAUCCUCUUCUCAUGCAUCUACGAUAAAAAAGCCAAGGACGUCUUCGCCGCUGGCGGCCGGUAUGACAACCUAAUCAACGAGCAGCGUCCUAAGAUUGGAGGACAGUUUGAAAAACGCCAUGCUGUCGGGUUCAGUCUAGCCUGGGAAAGGUUGGCGAAAGCACCCAAGUCGGGUGGCUAUUCGUUCUUAAAGAAGAGUGAAGAAGAUGUAAGCAGUAUGUUCAGUAGCAAGCGUUGCGAUAUAUUGGUAGCAAGUUUUGACGCUGGCAUUCUCCGGUCUUCCGGUAUUGAAGUAUUACGGCUACUCUGGUCGCACGAUAUAAGCGCAGAGCUUGCUAAAGACUCAAGAUCGCCUGAAGAUUUAAUGUCGAAACAUCGGGAUGAAAACUACUCUUGGAUUAUAAUCAUUAAGCAGGAUUCCAUGCUAAAGAUUAAAACUGUGGGAAAGAAAGACGUGCCAGACGUAGAUAUUCCUAUGGCACAGCUGUUUUCUUGGUUGAAACCUGAGAUUCGAGACCGAGACGCCAAGUCCGCAGCAAAGUUUCGUGGAACUCCCGAGCCUGUCGCCCAAGGAGAGAGGGAUGUUGAACAGGAAGUCAAGAUCAUGGUUGCCCAAACCAAGAGCAAGAAGUUUAACCGACGCACAGUUGUGGAACAAGCACAAAUCACUGCAGCUGCUCUGAUGAAUUCAUUUCUUGAAGGUCCCAUCUUGGCCAUCGAGACUAGCGAUCAUCUAAUGGAGCUCGUACAAGAAACCAGCCUAUCCGACCCAGAGAGUUGGCGAAAGGCGGAACAUAGCGUGACGACCUCGGAGAAGAAGUGCAUCCGCGAAAUUCGUGACCAGCUCGCUACUUGGAGGCGGAAGUAUGAAACAAAGAACGGCUCCAAGCAUUCGUUCUUAUACAACUUCCGAUCAGGCACUUGCAUGUACUAUGAUUUAUCGGGAUGA